AGGUAGUGUGGGGCAAUUAGAGGCAAGUGUGUUGUUCUGCAAAUCGGAGCUCAGAGCAGCAGGACUGAAAGUGAUGGUGCAACUUUGAUGCAAAUUUGGAUUAAAAGAGUCUCAUUUUUUACUUUUGAAGUGAAAAUGCUUGGACAAUACUGGCGUCAACUGUUUUAUAUUGGAGAAUCCAGAGCCACUUAUGUGCUUUAGCUCUUUCUUUUUCAAUGUGAGGCUUAAAACAGUUUAUUUUAGACGGUAUUUUUUCACCAGCCCCAGCUUCAUCCAGUUCCCCUCUGGGGCCUUAUUCAUUAGAAAGCUCACUCCUCUUCAUCAGGUUACACGCGGGCGCAUAGGAGCUACGUGACUGCACUCAUUCUCAGCUGGGAACGGAUGACUCGGAAAUUCCCAGUCAGCAUCUUUUUUCACUUGUCUGAGUAGUUUGGGACUUUGGUUGGAUUGUUUUCUUGUGCGCACCGGGAGCCACCAGCACCGUCCUCCACUCGCAGACAUCACGAAAUGAAAGUCGGGUUUGUCAUCCAGACAGCGGUGGCGCUUUAUCUGCUGCUCUCACCUGCACAGAGUCUACCCUUGUCAAGCAUAAACAUUACAACUGAAGUGUUAAUGUUCCAGGAAGUGUGGGGCCGCAGCUUCUGCCGGACCAUAGAGAAGCUGGUGGAGGUGGUGCAGGAGUACCCAUCAGAGGUGGAGCACAUAUACAGCCCCUCCUGUGUGCCGCUGGUGAGGUGUGCAGGGUGCUGUGGGGAUGAAAACCUGGAGUGCCAUCCCACCCACACCACAAAUGUCACCAUGCAGCUGUUGAAAAUCAGGCCAUCGGAGCCGGACCAAGAAUAUGUUGAGAUGACGUUUGUGGAGCAUCAGACAUGUGAAUGUAGAGUCAGGAAAGCUGUCGUGAAAGUUGAAAGAAGAAGAAUAAGAGGAAAA